UGUGUUUGUUUGUCUGACAACCUUUUAGUGAAUUUGAUUAUUAAUAAGGGACACGUGAUGACUAUUGUUUUAUGUGUAACUUGUUUGAGAAAUCCAAUUUUAUUUGGGAUGCGAGUUUUGGGGAAAUGAGGUUGCUUUUUUUACCCUAAUGUCUUAUUCUCUAAGAGGAAAGUUUAUAGUGUGGGUUGGCAAUGACUUGUUUAUUUCGGCAAAUUCCUUUAGCAGAAAAUCGAACUCUUCGGGGGAAGACAACUGCAUAUUCCCACAAUGUACCGACAAGAAAAACCACUGAUUCUGAUGAGUACAGCUUCUGCUAUUCCAAACAAUCUAGCAGUAGACCAGAUGGGUCAUAGAAGAUUUGCUGAUCAGGUUGCUGUAAUCCAUCCAGGAUACAUUAGCAUUAUUCCUAUUGACUGUGAGGAACAGAAGACUAAAUAUGUUGCUGUAAGAAGCUCUGCUGGUGAAGCAGCCCUUGCCCAAGUUUCACAGGUGAUGUGGUGUAAACUUGGAAAUGAGGUCUGGUUUAUUAUUGCCUCUACAUUGGGGAUACAAGUAUUUGACAGCAGUGCUGAGAAAUGUUUCUUUUCUCAUCCAUGUAGAGAUGGUUUAGAUUCAGCUGAGGUGUCUAGUCCUCAACUAGCUACGAUAGGAUCCAACCUUUUGUGUGUUGGUAUGUUUGUCUUUAAUUCUGCAUUGACACAUAUUUAUUCAAUUUAUGGGUAUGUUAGCUUGUUUAACUACCAUCAUAGGUUUUUUGCUUGGAUCUGUUUUGACCUAGCAGGCUGCUUCUGUCUACUUUUUCAAUUUCCAGGAAACAAUGUUGGCUCCCUUUACAUAUUUCAUUUGUUUGAUCAACAAUCAGAAGCUGUACUAGUUCAAAAUCAAAGAGGUCAUAAGUAUGGUAUUUCAGCUAUUGCUGGACCUAGUGAUCAGGUGACUGAUGAUGUAAUAGCUUCGGGUGACCAAGAUGGUAAUGUGGUUGUUUGGGCUGUGAACAGAGAUCAUCUUCACAAAGAUGCAACAUUUUCUUCUUAUGGGUUUGCUUGCACGAGCAUUCACAUCUGGCACAAGUUAAUAGUUGUGGCAUAUGGCUCAGGGCACAUCAGGCUCUUUAGUAUCCAUCCAACUGCAGCAAUGUUAGUAGAAGUGGCAGCUCAUGCUCGCUGGAUUACUGCCCUGGAUCUUGCGCCAGACUCAGGUCGAUUGCUAUCAGUUGGAGAGGACUCCCUUGUACGAGUUUGGCAGAUCAGAGAGGAACAGCCAAUGAUAGAACACCGGUUUCACUCCUCUAUUAAAGACUCAAUGUUAGUUGGAGGACGUUUCCUCACUUCAAACGGAUCUGCUUUUUGUGUUUCAUCAUAUGACAGUUGUGAAGUGCACUGCUUUCAUAUAAGUUAGACUUCCAUAACAAUCUAAAAGACCCCCUCCCCCUCCUCCCAAUUUUUGAAUCUGCUUUUGCAUGAGUAUUACAAGUGUAUCAGCUAAAAAAAAUAAAAAGCCAAAAAUUUAUAGACAAUAA